UUCAGCUUUUGUCUGCAGUUUAAUUGAUACAUUUGUUAACAUUUAUACCCCAUCUAACCUUGCAUCAGGCGAUGUUGUCCCUUCUCUACCUACCUUCUCUCAUCUUCAACAUCGUAUACAACUACCUCAACCCUCCACAAGAUGAAGAACAACCCAAAAAGCAGAGUAACUGGUCUAAAUAUUCCUCACCUGAACCCAGUCCGCUUCCAGAGAGGGUAAAACCCGGCCUGGAGCCGAGAAUAGAGAAGAUAACGCCCGACCUGGAGCCGAGAAUAGAGAAGAUAACGCCCGACCUGGAGCCGAGAAUAGAGAAGAUAACACCCGACCUGGAACCGAGAAUAGAGAAGAUAACGUCCGACCUGGAACUGAAUUCAGAGGAGAUAAAACCCGACCUGAAACCGGAAAAAAGUGACGAGGCAAUUCUUAGAGCAGAGUUUAUUGAAGUUGAACAAGAGAUUUCAACAGCUGUCGAAGCCAAGUCUCCUGAUAUCAUCAAUAUCACGAAACAAGAUGAAUCACCUCAGCUAUUGUCUGAAGAUGUUCCCUCCUCACCACCAGUAGAAGAUGAAUUACCUUCAGCACCAGUGGCAGUAGAAGAUGAAGUAUCUCAGCUAUUGUAUUUAGAUACCUCAGCUGAGAAGGAGGAGCAGCUCAGCUCAGCACUUCUAGAUUCCACCUACACUCUGGACCCUCAAGAUGAAUCAUAUAUUCCCAGCACUGUCUUCACAACCAAAGCCAAAGUUAUAAUAGCUCUAUCUGAAAGUGAUUCAGAUGAUGAUGUUGUAAACGAGUUUCUCGCUGAUGUUGUUUCAGUUGAACCCUCGACUGCCAAACAAGACAUCCCUACCAGUGAUUUUACAGCAGUUGAUGCAUUUUCUCUCCCUUCCAACCCUACUGAAUACCAACCACAAUACAACAAGGAAAAUAAUCAUGUGAUAAUCGAAGACGAUGUUGAUGAAGAUUUUCCUUCACCAAAUAUCUCUGUUCCCUUCAUAACUCCGAAUUCAUUUGCCAAUGUCUCCCUACCACCUCCCACAACAAGAAGUUCCGACGGUAGAAGUUCUAGUAGUCCUGAUACUGAGCUGCCCAGCUAUAAUGGAGGCUUGGAGCACCUUGAUAGAUCAGCCACCAACACAACUGAUGGUCAUCCCUCGGAAUCACCAACAUUUGGAGAGCAAGAUGUGCCUGGCAAGGCAGUUUCUUUUGAGGAGGAGGGUGUUGUUGGCAAGUCUUCAGUGUCUUCUGGUAACGGAGCUGCUGCAGUGAAUGGAGGUGGUGAUGAUGGUGAUAUGUGGGGUGAUGAACCUGUGGAGCCUACCUCUCUCACAUCUCAGAAGCAUGGUGAUAUCAAGAAGUAUGUUCCUAAAGAGAAACAGAAGAGGGUGCGGUCUGAUCCCGAGUGGGUCCAGUACAUGGAGAAAUGUAUGCUCGCAGGAUCAAGAGGGAAGGUCCUGAACUCGUUCCGGCAGUGUUACAGAGAAGCAUUUGAUACGUACAGACUGAGUUGUGACUUGUUGAUUACAUUUGGUAUCACACACGCUAGUGGGAGGACAGUGUUCCAGCGGGCUGCACUUGAUGAACUCCGGCUCUGGAAACUAGAUACUGUUGCUCCCAGACCGAGCAUAUCGAACCAGCUGAAAGCACUAGAUGUUAGCUAUCUGUGCAACGCCUCCCUCUUCCCAACAAUACGUGAUAUAUUUGAGCUAGAGACAGUGCCUCCCCACGAGGGAGUCAUGUUUGUGCAGGAUAAACUGGAUCACAAGAAGACAAAGUAUCUGAAACACAUGGCGCUCGUUAUCACUGAACUCAAACUUCAGGAGUAUUUUGACACAGCUGAGAUGUUGUUACCACUACUUGGGAUGGAUAAACUGAUGACUAUUGAGGCUUACUUGUGCAAUAAAACUCUUUCCGCUACUUUCGUAAGGGCACUGGACGACCUUCUGGAACCCUCAGAUGAGAACAUGUCAGCUCUAUUGGAACGUCUACACACAGAGUUUGAUUACCAGAUAAAAACCGCUCAAUUCAAGUUCACCUCCGAGCAGAUCUCCACACUUAUCAAGCGCAUGUUGAAGUUGUACGAACUUGACGGCACCGCCGCCCCCAACUUAUCACUCAGCAAAACAAUCAGUAAUCUGAAGUCGAUACUGUAUUGUAGAUACCGUAAAGGUGCCAUGGAGGACUGGACUAACACAUUGGUUACAACAGUGAGAGAUAGCGACGUGUUGCAACACGCCCUUUUCAAAGAACUUGUCCAUUACCGGGAUUUAGAGUACGCAGCGGUACUCUAUCAACAUGUUCAACCUAAACUCAACAUCUUACCUGAGGAACUCCAGCAGUACAUUGCCUCUACAAACCUGCCGUCUGUGAGUAAAGAGAAGGAAGUGAUAAGUGAGAAUACAGACCACAAGGAGGAGAUGCAGGCCUCACAACCGGAUACCACUACAACUAAGAUUGUGAUAAGAGAAGGAAUUCUGCCAACAGACCCAGUUGUUUCCAAUGGUUAUGUUGGGCUACCUCCCAACGUUUCUAUAUUCGAUGUUGACUCCCCCACUUCCCUGCGAGUAUGUAAAGACGUACUGUCAAGUGCUGGCGUUAUAGGAUUUGACAGCGAAUGGCAAGCCCUACUAGACCCCACCAAACCAUCCCCAGUAGCCCUGGUCCAGCUGUCCACUCACAACACAGCUUUCUUGUUGGAUAUCUCACGUAUCCUGGAGUUUUGUAGCGAUGAUCUUCUAACUGAGUUUGUGGAGGAUGUCUUCACUGAAGAGGUUGUUCUGGUGGGUUACUCUCUCCAUCAGGAUUUCACAAAACUGUCAGAAACCUGUCAAGUUAUGGGCACUAAAAUCAGGUCCCACAAGAAUGUUGUUGAUUUAGCGAUAGCUCACAAACAUCACACUAGAGCGGAGCGUAUCAGACGCUCUCAUGAGAUACGGGAGCUGGUGAGGGAAGGUAAACCUCUCCCUCGAUCAGAUAGUGUCAGUAGAACCACUGGAUUGGCUCGUCUCUGUGAAAUGAUGUUUUCCUAUCCUUUGGACAAAACUUAUCAAAUUUCUGAUUGGACCCGACGUCCUCUAUUUCCGGACCAACGAAUUUACGCAGCACUGGAUGCAUUCAUCCUCCUCCCUCUAUACUACAAACUUACCCAAAUAUUCCAUCCUACACCCCUGCUGGACCUCACAGUUAACGUUAGUGAGAUCCCUGAGGAAUGUAAAGUUGUGGCAUCCUACAUGCCAGCCUCCUCGCAACCAACACCCUCAUACAUGCUGCGUGUUAUAGUGGACGUUCCCUGUCAGGGCCUGGGUAAGAAACUCCGACAUCUUGGGGUGGACUGUGUUAUUCUAGAGGACACACAGAGUAUUGAUGAUGCUGCUAAGAUUUCUCUUGCUGAAGGCAGGGUUAUUCUGUCACGUGAUGGGAAUUGUGAUAAGCUGGUUAAGCUAACUGAUCCUGGUAGAGUUUAUAAGGUCCUGGGAAAGAAUGCCACCACUCAACUUGCUGAAGUCAGGAAACACUUCAACUUAGUGGUUGAGGAAGAUGAUCUGUUCUCGCGCUGCGCAAUCUGCAACUGUCCUUACUUCCUGACAAUGGAACCUGAACAAGCUAAAGCACUGAAAGCAGCACAGGCAACCUGCAACUCUAGCACGGUAGAGCAAAUGUAUGAUGUGUACGAUAGGAGAAAGAAUUUUGUGGAAACCAUUUCUGUGACGUCUGAUGGCAUGACACAGUAUGGGGUGAAGUUGCAGUUGCAUAAGGUGAAGAUCAGCAAAUUUGCUGAGACUAAGACUUUUUGGGGAUGUUAUGAUUGCGGGAAGAUGUACUGGGAAGGAUGCCAUCUCCAGAAUUUCAAGGAAAAACAUAAUUUGUGAAAAAAUAAAACAGGAUAUUUAUAACUUAUUAUUUGCAUGUAUAGUGUUCUUUGGGUGAUCUGGUUACUCUUUAUUUGAACUAAUUUAUUUUUUCGUUGCUAGCAACAGGAUAGUUGAUCAUUUACAUUCGGUCCAAUCAUUUGCAUGUUUGGUGUUUUAUGGGUGUUCACUGUUCACUGUUCAGGUUAUCAUUAUUGUAAGAUUUUAUUUAAAAUAUUUUAUUUAAGAUUGCUUUAUUUAAAACAUUUAAUUGUUUGUCGUAGCUUUUGUACACUAAAUAGUUGCAUUAUAUAUUUCUAAAUAUUUUUGUUUCAUUAGUUUUUACUAAAAUGUCUAAGAGACGGGAUAUUUAUUAGUUAACAUUCACUCCAAUUAUUUGCUUAUACUACGGUUUUAUCUGGUUGCGAUUGUAUAUUUUAUUUGAAACAUUUGGUUUUUCAUAGCUUUUAUAAUCCAAAUAUUUCCACUUUUUUCCA